AUGAAAGCUAAAUUAAAUAGGGAGGAUUAUUAAUUUCGAAAGAAAACAGGAGAAGAAUUGAUUAAAAGCCCUGGAUAAUUAAAUGGAUUGGACUUUGUAAUCUCCAAUUGUGAGGAGUGUACCAUUUACAUUUGUGAUCAUGCUGCAUAAAUUUUCGUGGAUCUGAGCAAGAAUUGUAAAAUCUUUAUUGGCCCAGUGGGAGGCUCUAUCUUUGUUAGAAAAUGUGAAAAUAUUGAGAUAAGUGCAGCAUCUAGUUAAUUUAGGGUCUCAAAUUCAAAUAAUAUAUAAUGUUUUGUCUACACUUCAAGUGAUCCAGCACUUGAAAAAUCAACAGGCAUUACAUUUGCUCCAUACAAUUUUGCUUAUCCUGGUAUCACAGAUGACUUUGGUAAAGCCAAGUUGGAUCCUGAAAAUAACAAAUGGAGUGAAGUAUUUGAUUUCACCCCAAAUACUGAAGUUAACAAUUGGACUCUCCUGCAUCCUUCCUAAUUUCAUCUAGUAAGUAAAUCAUUUGAAGGCCUUGAAGCACCUGAAUAAUGUCCUGUUCCUAUUCCUACCACAUAUGGCGGAACAAGCACAAAGAAAAUCGUCUUGGGGAGUGCUGAUUAGAGGGCCCAUGGGUUGGAAUUCGAUUUUCUGAUGGGAAAGGAGAAUGUUAAGAAUCAAUAAUAAUUAUCCGAUGAAAAUCAAGUUUAUUUGGAGACACAACUCAAACCUACUAAUUAGAAUCAAUCCUAAGCAUAGCCAAAUCUAAUUUAAGGGAAUUAUGAGGAGUUCGUAUUUGAUGAAGAAAGUGUAAAAAGUUCAGAGCCUUAGGUCAAAAUUGAAACUCAGACUGCCUUUAGUGCAUUUGAUGAUGUAGUUGCCAAUAAUCAAUCCAAUAAACAAAAUGUAUACUUAAGUCAGCAAAGGGAAAAGGAUGUAAAAGAAUUGUGUAAAUUUAAUAUAGGAAGCGGAGAGGAAACUAAAAGAACAGAGAAGAAAAUAAGGCCAAGAGUAUGUAAGGAAGUUCAUGAGGUAACAUAAGUAAAUUUAUGCGAUUAUAGUGAUUUUGCAGAAUAGGCAAACUAAAGAAAGUCAUAGAAUAGGGCUAUCAUAAGAGAAAAGGUGUAGAAGGAAGAGGGAUGGAAGACGGUGGUUAAAAAUAUCGAUUUGAAGGAUAAUGGAGGCGUGAAGGAUGUUAGUCAGAUGGCUUAGGCAAUCAAAAACAAAUUGAUGGAUGCAUUGAAAUGA